GUGAUGCUCAGAGGGCAGGCACCUGCUGCUCUGUAAUGAUUCAGCCUCUUUCAGCCGCUGCGUUAACACGACAGGAUGCUGUUGCUACUGUCGCUGCUGCCUCUCCUGCCGCCGCCGUUGCUGCCGCCGCCGCCUCCUCUGGUCUUGCUUUUGCUUUUACUUCUCCUGCAUGACAGUUGUUUUCUUCCUCUAAGCAGACACCAGCUUCAGACGCUUGAGGUGAGAAACAUGCCUUUCAGUUUGGGAUACUGGUUUACUUAAUCGGCUAGGCAUCGGCUUGCUUCCUAUUUUGGUCCCCUGCCUUCUUGACCAACCGGGAUGGUUUGGAGAAGCCUUUGAAAGAACUGAAAAAGUAUCCCAGAAACAGCAGCUCAAGAUAUUUCGGUACACUUCUAUUUCAUAGUUGCCAGAAGCUCUUUCUUUUCCCUUUUUCUUUUUUCUUUUUUUUUUUCCUUGACUCCUCCUAAGCUCUCUUACUUUGGAUAAUGGCCUUGGACUUGGGAGCCUUAUCGAUUUCCCCCUUCAAGAUGCUGUAUCAUUUGGUUGGGGGGAGCUCUGCAUGGUAAUGCACUGUGAGAGAGGCCAGGCCUUCUGGAGGUGAGCCGAUGGAGAUUUAUUCCCCAGACAUGUCUGAGGUAGCUGGCGGGAGGUCCUCCAGCCCCUCCACUCAGCUGAGUGCAGACCCAUCUCUCGAUGGGCUUCCGGCAGCGGAACAUAUGCCAGACACCCACACAGAAGAUGGGAGAAGCCCUGGACUCCUGGGCCUGGCGGUGCCCUGCUGUGUGUGCCUGGAAGCUGAGCGCCUGAGAGGGUGCCUCAACUCCGAGAAGAUCUGCAUUGUUCCCAUUCUGGCUUGCCUCGUGAGCCUCUGCCUCUGCAUUGCUGGCCUAAAAUGGGUAUUUGUGGACAAGAUAUUUGAAUACGACUCUCCUACCCACCUUGACCCUGGGGGAUUAGGCCAGGACCCUGUUAUUUCUUUGGAUCCAACUGCUGCCUCAGCUGUUCUGAUAUCAUCUGAGGCUUACACUUCACCUGUCUCUAAGGCUCAGUCUGAAGCCGAGGCUCAUGUUACAGUGCAAGGUGACUAUGUUGCUGUGGCCUCUGACCCUUCAGCAGUACCGACCCGGAAGAACCGGCUGUCUGCUUUUCCUCCCUUACACUCUACUGCACCGCCCUUCCCUUCUCCAGCUCGGACCCCUGAGGUGAGAACACCCAAGUCAGGAACUCAACCACAAACAACAGAAACUAAUCUGCAAACUGCUCCUAAACUUUCCACGUCUACAUCCACGACUGGGACCAGCCAUCUCAUAAAGUGUGCGGAGAAGGAGAAAACUUUCUGUGUGAAUGGGGGCGAGUGCUUCAUGGUGAAGGACCUGUCCAACCCAUCAAGAUACUUGUGCAAGUGCCCAAAUGAGUUUACUGGUGAUCGUUGCCAAAACUACGUAAUGGCCAGCUUCUACAUGACUUCUAGGAGGAAAAGGCAAGAAACAGAGAAGCCUCUAGAAAGAAAAUUGGAUCAUAGCCUUGUGAAAGAAACGAAGCAUCUUGGGAUUGAAUUUAUGGAAGCGGAGGAACUCUACCAGAAGAGGGUUCUGACAAUUACUGGCAUCUGUAUCGCCCUGCUGGUGGUCGGCAUCAUGUGUGUGGUGGCCUACUGCAAAACCAAGAAACAGCGGCAGAAGCUUCAUGAUCGGCUUCGGCAGAGCCUUCGGUCAGAACGAAACAACAUGGUGAACAUCGCGAACGGGCCUCACCACCCAAACCCACCACCAGAGAACGUGCAGCUGGUGAAUCAAUAUGUAUCGAAAAACGUCAUCUCCAGUGAGCAUAUUGUUGAGAGAGAAGUGGAGACCUCCUUUUCAACCAGUCGCUACACUUCUACAGCCCAUCACUCCACGACUGUCACCCAGACGCCUAGUCACAGCUGGAGUAAUGGGCACACGGAAAGCAUCAUUUCAGAAAGCCACUCUGUAAUCAUGAUGUCAUCAGUAGAGAACAGCAGGCAUAGCAGUCCAGCUGGAGGCCCACGAGGACGUCUUCAUGGCCUGGGAGGCCCUCGAGAAUGUAACAGCUUCCUCAGGCAUGCCAGAGAAACCCCUGAUUCCUACAGAGACUCUCCUCAUAGUGAAAGACAUAACCUUAUAGCUGAGCUAAGGAGAAACAAGGCUUACAGAUCCAAAUGCAUGCAGAUCCAGCUGUCAGCAACUCAUCUUAGAUCCUCUUCCAUUCCCCAUUUGGGCUUCAUUCUCUAAGACCCCUUGGCCUUUAGGAAGGUAUGUAUCAGCCAUGACCACCCCGGCUCGUAUGUCACCUGUAGAUUUCCACACGCCAAGCUCCCCUAAAUCACCCCCUUCGGAAAUGUCUCCACCUGUGUCCAGCAUGACGGUGUCCAUGCCCUCUGUGGCAGUCAGCCCCUUCGUGGAAGAAGAGAGACCUCUGCUUCUUGUGACACCGCCAAGGCUACGGGAGAAGAAGUAUGAUCAUCACCCGCAGCAAAUCAACACCUUUCAUCACAACCCUGCACACCAGAGUACCAGCCUCCCCCCUAGUCCGUUAAGGAUAGUGGAGGAUGAGGAGUACGAAACGACCCAGGAGUAUGAGCCAGUUCAAGAGCCUAUUAAGAAAGUCACCAAUAGCCGGCGGGCCAAAAGAACCAAGCCCAAUGGCCACAUUGCCAAUAGGUUGGAAAUGGACAGCAACCCAAGUUCUGUGAGCAGUAACUCAGAAAGUGAGACAGAAGAUGAAAGAGUAGGUGAAGAUACACCAUUCCUGGGCAUACAGAACCCCCUGGCAGCCAGCCUUGAGGCAGCCCCUGCCUUCCGUCUGGCUGAGAGCAGGACUAACCCAGCAGGCCGCUUCUCCACACAGGAAGAAUUACAGGCCAGGCUGUCUAGUGUAAUCGCUAACCAAGACCCUAUUGCUGUAUAAAACCUAAAUAAACACAUAGAUUCACCUGUAAAACUUUAUUUUAUAUAAUAAAGUAUUUCACCUUAAAUUAAACAAUUUAUUUUAUUUUAGCAGUUCUGCAAAUAGAAAACAGGAAGAAAAAAAAACUUUUAUAAAUUAAAUAUAUGUAUGUAAAAAUGUGUUAUGUGCCAUAUGUAGCAAUUUUUUACAGUAUUUCAAAAACGAGAAAGAUAUCAAUGGUGCCUUUAUGUUAUGUUAUGUCGAGAGCAAGUUUUAUAAAGUUACGGUGAUUGCUUUUUCACAGUAUUUCAGCAAAACCUCCCAUAUAUUCAGUUUUUGCUGGCUUUUUGUGCAUUGCAUUAUGAUGUUGACUGGAUGUAUGGUUUGCAAGGCUAGCAGCUGUCCGUCUCUUUGCUUCCAGUAGCACCCAACCAGUACUGUCUUGAAAUGGCACAUCCAUCCAAAUACCCUUCUACUUUGUAUGAAGUUUUCUUUGCUUUCCCAGUAUGAAAUGAGUUCUCUCUACUCUGUCAGCCAAAGGUUUGCUUCACUGGACUCUGAGAUAAUAGUAGACCCAACAGCAUGCUACUAUUACAUAUAGCAGGAAACUGCACCUAAGUAAUGUUAAAUAUUAGGAAGAACGUAAUACUGUGAUUUUAAAAACAAACUAUAUUAUUAAAUCAGAAGACAGCUUGCUCUUGCUAAAAGGAGCUACCAUUGACUUUAAUUUUAACUUUUUGGUUAUUGUUCUUGACAAAGAGUAACAACUUUGAGUACAGCUUAGAAAAAAAAAUGGGUUCUGGCUUGUUAUCAGGAUAAUCUAUCAACUUAGAAAGGACUCAGUUUCACUUUCUGUCUUGGAAGAAAUGAUUCAAAAGCUCAUCUGUUUGACCAACCAACCACAGCUGCUAAAGGUGCAAUCCUUUCCGACAUAUUUUUUAACUGACUGGUUGUACCCUCUUCUUGGCUCCAGAAGAGGCACAUUGUGUCAUGUACCCUAGAGUACAUUCAGCCAUCUGCCCCAACAAUAUUGUACAAUGUGCCUGUGGUGCAUAGCAGUGACUUGGCCAUUGUAGGAAAAUGUUCCACUGGUAGAGUAUUUAGGAGUGAGUGUGUAGAAGUCACAAGGGGAACGCAGCUGCACUACCCAGUUGACAUCUUAACUUGGUUAGGUUGGCCACUCCUUUCUCCCCCAUUAUGUUUUUCUUGUGUUCAACAUUGCCUUGAUUAGAUCAUAACUAUGCAUGAAUACUUUUUUUUUUUUUUUUGGCCAGGAAUGGCCGAUGUGCAUGUGAUUUGUGAUUAGCAAGAACUUUCCAUAGUGGUGCCUCACUAGGGAAUGUCAAUAGCAUUGGGAAGAUUGCAGCUUUUCUUGCAGAAAUGACCCCCUUGCUCAUGAACUGAUCUGUCUCCAUAAAUAGCCUGUAUCUUCCAUUUCUCUUCUCUAAGUAAUUUUUCCUAUACUAUCUCUAAAGCAGGACUAAGAUUGGUUUAAACUUUGUGUGUUCUCUUGUGACUGGAAAGCCAAUGGACACUUAUAGAUAUUAACAUAUGAACAACUGCUAAUCCGGAAGGUGGGAGAGUAGAAAAGUGUGUGUGGGGGUGGGGUGGAAGGGGCAGGGAAUAACCUUUCAGAACCUUUUGUAUUCCCUGCCUGUCAAUCAAAACCAGAGCUUCCUGAGUUUCUAAGUAGGCUCUUAGGAGUUCCAUAGCAAAAUGGAAAAGAAUUGAACAGGGGAUUGGCAAAGACAAUGGCAAUCAUUGAUUCUUGGUCCCAGUUGAACCAAAUCUGUUUUCUUUACCGAGCUUUGUUAUAAGUCAAGGGAAGUAGUAACCCACAAGGAGGUCUUAGAAGAACACUGCAGUCUGGCCACAAGUCCAUGUGUUACACGUCUCCAUGUUUCUAAGAGAAGCUUUACUGUGGGCCCUUGAAGUUACUCAGUAUUUGAAGUCUCUUGUUUCCUGCCAUUGGCCACAGGACAGUUCUCUGUGCUUGACGUGAUUUUGAAUUGUUAGAACACACAGAGGAAUGGAUGCAUGCUGGUGGAAGCCUAACACUGUCUUCCCAGUGUUGCAGAGAGUGGUCAAUGCACCACAGGGAGGAGAGGUCAGCAACCUUGAGGAUAUUCUCUCAGUUGCUUCAUAUUGCUGUGACCCACCCAAUCACUCAAUAAAGAAAUUUCUUUAUUGUUAUUUUAAAACUCUAAAAAAAUUCUGUUUCAAAUAUGUUAGUCACCAGGGUAUUACAAAGUUCUCUUCUGAAAAACAGAUUCCUCUGAUACAAACAUUUUUUUUUUUUUAAAAAAAGGAGCAUUUUACUGGCAUGAGAAGCUCUACAACUUUUCAAAUUGUGAAUAUAUGUGAUUUUUUUUUCUUCUGUGCUUUAAUCUAUGCUUGUCAUGUUAGUUAAGAAAGCCUUUUCCCCAAGAGAAGAACAAAGCUUUCCUUGAGGAGAACAGCCACGUGGCUGGUCAUGGCUACCUGUUGUAGCCUCUAGAUUUAUAUGUCCAGUAAUAUCUCUACAAUGCUUCACUGCCAGGUCUCCCUCAAGCAUCCUGUUUAUGAAUCCAGACAGAGCAGGGCAAAAGAAUGCACACCUGUGCUCCUGGCAUGUGUGAAGAUGCCUUGCAUUUUAAGGGAGUACAGAUUACUAAGAAUUUAAUAACAACUAUGUCUCCUGGGUCUUAAAUCAAAAACUACUGAGUUAUAUAGUGGGGUAUAGUAGACACCAAACUCCUUUUGUACUUACUCAAGAUUUGCUUUCUGUCCUGCUUUUCCCUCCGUCCAUCCUCCCACCCUCAAGAGUGCCUGGUGGACAGCCUUCUGCUUACUAUAAAAUGGUACUCCAUGUAAGAGAGAAUGUAUCUCAAGCAGCAAUAUGCCAUGUCUUUCUUGUAUCUGUGUGACUGUCAAUAUGGGUGGAGUCUAUCCAGGGUAACUUUCUCUGUAUCUAUUCCUCUUUUGGCCUGAGGUUGAAGGUAUAUGGCCCCUAUUAGUGAAUAAGGAAGAUCUGUUUUUUUUCUUUUAGUCCUGGCUGCAUUCCAGCAGCUGCAGAGAUUUCUAUCCACUAAGAUCCAUGAAACACUAUGAAGAAAUGCAGACAAAAGGAAAUGGCCACACAUCACAAUUUUUCUAUUAUAUAUUCUUUUGUAAAUACACAUUGUAUAGUACUUCGAAGUUUUCUUAAGUCAUUUGCUGUCAUUAUGAGUUAAUGUUAGUUUUUACUCUCUAAACUUACUGUAUUACAUUGUAAAUAACAUAAUGUCCUUUAUUAUUUAUAUUUAAACAUCUAACAUAGAGAAUUGUUUUCAUAUAAGUUUAAGAUAAAUGUUUAAAAUAUGUUUUUCUUUGCUUUAAAAUUAUGUACCUUUUUCUUUUUUUUCCAUUUUUUAAAGAAUAAUUUAUUGUUCAGGAGAAAGAAUAUAUAUGUAACUGAGACUAAUUGAAGAAUGCACAUUUGAAGGCCAUGAGGUACUGAUAAACUAAAGAAUUUAUUAUCUCAAAUACUAA